CCCCUCUCCACUCCCGUCCUGUUGAGAAAUCUACUGAGAUUCUCAUCGGCGAGCUUCAUCCAACGACUGCUCCUCCGCUCCGAAAUCUGAUCCGGAAAACAACGGCGUGUAAACCUUUGCCUGUGCCAUUUCAGCUGAAAAGAGCUUCCUCUGUCUUCUAUCAGCAGGAAGAGAAGACAGAGUGUGAACAAACCUCGUCAUGAACUGGGCAUUCCUCCAGGGCCUCCUCAGUGGGGUGAAUAAGUACUCCACAGCCUUCGGCAGAGUAUGGCUCUCUAUUGUGUUCCUCUUCAGAGUCAUGGUGUUUGUGGUGGCGGCGGAGAAGGUAUGGGGAGACGAACAGAAAGACUUCAAGUGCAACACGGCUCAGCCCGGGUGCCACAACGUCUGCUAUGACCACUUCUUCCCCGUGUCCCACGUGCGGCUCUGGGCCCUGCAGCUCAUCUUCGUCACCUGCCCCUCACUCCUGGUGGUGAUGCAUGUGGCCUACAGGGAGGACCGUGAACGGAAACACCGCCUCAAGUAUGGCGACAACUGCCGGCGUCUCUACCAGAACACUGGCAAGAAGCGAGGAGGCCUGUGGUGGACCUACGUCCUCACUCUGGUCUUCAAAAUAGCCGUGGACGCCACCUUUGUCUACCUCCUGUACCACAUCUACGAGGGCUACGACUUCCCCUCACUCAUCAAGUGCGAGCAGAAGCCCUGUCCCAACAAGGUGGACUGCUUCAUCGCUCGGCCUACUGAGAAGAGAAUCUUCACCAUCUUCAUGGUGGUCACCAGCUUGGCCUGCAUCCUUCUCUCCAUUUUUGAAAUCCUCUACCUGGUUGGCAAACGCUGUCGUGAGUGUUUCACCUCAGGCCAUCACUCUCGCCACAUUGAUACCAACACAAUGUCCAGUGGAAGCAACCUGAUGGAGUCCAACUCAAUGAAAACGACAGGCAAAAACACCCCAGAAACACCUGCACCCUCAUACAGUGUCGCCGUAUCUUGAGACACUGAGACUUUAAGGACUUAAUAAUAAAACAAAGGUAUGGGGAAAGGAAAGAUGUCUCUUCACUCCACAGACACUUCCUUAAAGACUAAUAAGCAGAAAUAUGCCUACUCAGAGACUGAACUACCAGGGAGCUAGUUCCUUAGUGUUUAAGAAUUUAAAACUCUGGCCUGCAGGAUACAUGUGUCAUUGAUCAGGAAUGUGUGCACUGUUGGGUUUUUUUUAAACAGAUUUUUUUUGAACAGAUGAAGUUCCUUACAAACAAUUAAGCCAAGUUUGCUGCUGCAGUGCCAGAUUCAGCCUUUAGAUCAACUACAUGAGUCACUCCAUGGUUUGGAGUUCAGGGUUUUACAAACACAUGUGGUUUUCUGUGUAAGAUUUUCCCUCUGCUCGUGCCCAGCCUCAGAAUGUUUACUCCAGAUUGUACUGAGUCUUUUCCCGUCGCUCUGAUGUUCACGUUGGACUCUUAGUGAACCUUGUACGUUUUAUAAUUUAUCAAAAGUUUUGAGAGGUUGUGCUGUUGUGAAUGUUACUGUCCUUCAUUGUUGAACUACUUUCUGUGCACAGGCAGCAGAGUGCAAAGGCAUGCACUUUUGCAAACACAGUCAUAAAUAAUAUCAGGAUGUGCACAGCACUGAGGUGCAACGUGGAUGUAUAUUUGUUAAUAUUUUUCAUUAAAGAUUGUUAUUUUUGUGUUUUCAAAAA